ACUGCGGACUAUAUGUGCAAGCUUGUGCAUUCAAACCGGGGCUGUAUAAUUUAUUGCAUUUACCUACUUCCUCACAUUCUCUACUCCAGAGUCUGCUUAUCAGUUGACUGCUAAAUUGACAAGCUAAUGUUACAACAUUGCCCAGCAGAAAGUCUUCGCUACAAAUAGCGACUGGCUUGGUUCUGAAAGUCUGUUCCUGACUGUCGAACGCCUGCGUAAAGCAAAGAGGCAGUGCUGGUAAUCAGAAACGAUAGGCAUACUUAUCAAGACUUAUCUUGUACUGUUGCACUGCAUUUGGCAUUGUUAACAUAGCCUAUUGAGGUCAACGAAUCGCAGCGUUGAAAUGUAACUCGACUGGGGUCUGUUUUUAGGCUGCGGAGCACAACAUGGAAGGAAUAACUAUUGAAGUUUGCGGAGUGCCAGAUCUGCUUCCCGUCGACCGCACAGUCGACAAACUCACAAUCCACUUCUUACGACCCAGAAACGGGGGCGGAGAGGUUGUCAAAGUAAUUUAUCCCACUUCCACAAAAGGGCAGGCCUUCGUCGUGUUCGAGCAAAAGGAAGUGGCUGUGAAGGUGGCAAGCAAAAAACAGACAUUGGAUAUAGGCCUCCUAGAUGGACAGCAGUUCCCCCUGGAAGUUGCAAUAAUAGAUGGAUCAGAGGAGGAUCUCCCAGUUCAAGCCACUCUGGACCUCAGCAAGUUUCUGGACCAGAGGAGCGAAGUUCAUCGGCUCUUGAGGAAGCACAACUUUGAGGUGACCGAGCUCGGCCCUGGCAAGGUGCUGCUGAAGGGGACUUUCCUGAGUCUGCGAGCAGUCCGUUCCCAGCUCCUCACGUUGCUUCCGCAGGGCCACUCUACGCAGCACAGCAGAGAACGUUCAGCCUCCGCCUCCAAUGGCACCGGUGCUCACCAUGACCCGCUCCCCAGGAAAUCUUCAACCCUGCCCCAUGCCAACGGUGGUGGCAGCACGCACGGCUGUGGGAAUGAGUGGUACUCAUUGUCACACAUGCCACAGCGUCAUUUUAGCCCAGAGAGUUCGUCAGGGUAUAGGAGCCCACCACCGUCGUUGGACAGUUCCUCUGGGAGCUCCAAUCAGCCCCUUCCAUUGUCGUCUUCACAUCGGUCACGUGAAAGACUCAGGAACCCUCACCAACAUCAGCUCCCGAGCUACUUGUUGCAGGAUUCGGAUGCCCCUCAAAGCUUGCCCAUAUUGCCCAGUGAGCGCUUGACAAGCAAGCCGCCAUUACAGAGCAGGGCGCUGUCGCCAAGGGAGAUGUCUCCAAGAGCAUUGUCCCCCAUGGAAACGUCUCGGAGGGAAGCACCAUCAAAGGAGACCUCCUUCAGUGUGGAUUCAAAUGGAUUCAGCUACACCUGCAGUUUCAAGAAAGACCAGGUAGACAGCAUACUCAUGAGCCAUGGUGUGUCGGUUUCUAUGAGUGGUAACUCUGGUAUAACAAUCCUUACCCUGAAAGGAAAAGACUCUGAGGGAGCCAAACCAAAGCUGGAGGGCCUCAUCAAUGACACCUCAAUGUCUCUACGCGUUCAAGAGAUAUUGCUGACAGAUUUCAGCCAUGAUGAAAUAGCACAGAUUUCUAAACGGAUUCAGAUGUUUAAGGAUGUGUAUAACGUGUUGGUCAGGCAGGAAGGAAGCUCAGUUGUCAUCAUUGGACCAUCUGGAGAAAGCUAUGAGAUGAAACAGAGAGUAUUAGGACAGUCUGUAGAUUCAGGUGGGUUGGCGCGUGUUGGCCGUGGCGCUGAAAGAGGCCCAAGAAUAACCCGUAGUUCGUCCUUACCCAAGCAGCCGAAGGUAAGGCCUGAUCCAGAUCAGAGCAAGAGAGUGGACUACCCACAUGGGUCUUCUUCUACCAUGCCCUACUCUCCUUCACACUACCAAGAUGAGAAGCAUGUCAGCGGGGCUGCUGCCGGGGCGGGGCCUCGUAGAAGAACCAGCUCAGAGAGCAGAGACCAGGCGACAUCACAAAGGCCUGUUCCCACGGCAACACCUCAGGAGGUGGUACCAGUAUCCUCCAACUCAGGCAGAGUUCCACAAAUAAAGAGCCUUUUAAGUUUGAAUCCAGUAGCAAUUACAAACAGGUUGAAAAACCUGACUGGAAAGAAGUCAUCCAAGUCCUAAACACUACUUUCUUGCACUUGUACUUGCACUUGUAUAACAUAGGAACUGACAUUUUGUGAAUGGCAUGUAAGUUCAUAUAUUUCCAGAUUUUCUGAUUAUAAGAGGCUUGGGCCCAGUGUGAAUUCCUAACACAAUCUUAUAAUAACUUGGAGAGAAAUUGUACAUUUUGACUGAAAUGAAUUGGUAAGCUUUCAAAAUGAGAAAAAUAUAUAUUUUUUAGAAAUGUUUCAGGAAAAAUAUACAUGAUACAGAAAAAAAAACACAAAAAUAAU